AGCCAUAUUUUGUCCAUGCUGUAGAAUGGAAGAGCCACGUCUAUUUCUUCUUCAGGGAGAUUGCCAUAGAGUUUAACUACCUCGAAAAGGUGGUGGUUUCCCGAGUGGCACGGGUGUGUAAGAACGACAUGGGUGGCUCCCAGCGGGUGCUGGAGAAACAGUGGACUUCCUUCCUGAAGGCACGGCUCAACUGCUCGGUUCCGGGAGACUCGCAUUUCUAUUUCAACGUCAUCCAGUCGGUCACAGACGUCUUCCAACUCGACGGCCGGCCCGUGGUCCUGGCGGUCUUCUCCACACCUGCUAACAGCAUCCCUGGCUCCGCUGUCUGUGCCUUCGAUAUGGCCCAAAUAUCCUCGGUCUUUGAGGGGCGCUUCCGGGAGCAAAAAUCCCCUGAAUCCAUUUGGACCCCGGUUCCAGAGGAAUUGGUACCAAAGCCACGGCCCGGAGGCUGUGCCGCCCCUGGGAUGCGUUACAAUUCCUCCAGCUUCUUUCCCGACGAGAUCCUCAAUUUUGUCAAGACGCAUCCGCUGAUGGAUGAGUCAGUGCCGUCUCUGGGCAACACGCCCUGGAUCGUCCGGACCAUGAAUCG